CGGCAGCCCUGAGAGCCAAUCAGCGCUUUUGACAGUCAAAUUUUCCGACAGGCAGUUCUCGUCGCUGAUGACAUUUCGUCUUAUUGGAGUGUUGGGGCGAAAACUGGACCAAUUUGUUGUUUCACUAGAGUUUUGUGCAAAUUUUAAUAGUUAGAAAAUGUCGCAAGAAGUCGAAGAAACUUUGAAACGAAUUCAGUCACACAAAGGCGUUGCUGGGACGAUUGUCGUCAACAAUGAAGGAAUUCCGGUCAAGAGCACGAUGGACAACGCCACGACGGUGCAAUACGCCGGGCUCAUGAGUCAGUUGUGCGACAAGGCCCGGAGCGUCGUCCGGGACUUGGAUCCAUCCAAUGACCUCACAUUCCUGCGAGUUCGGUCGAAGAAGCAUGAGAUCAUGGUUGCGCCCGAUAAGGACUUCAUUCUUAUUGUCAUCCAGCAACCAACGGAUUAGAGGAGUGCGCGGGGCGCGGUUACUUUUGCAUGAUUGCGGCUGGUGGGACCCUGCUCGAUGUUUCCUACUUGACCGGGGUGCUAACUGCGGCCACACUUCGAUGCUCAUAUUAUUUUAUAAUCCAGAAAUCUUAAUAGACAUCUUUUAUUUAUAUUUAUACAUAAAUGGUUUUUUUAAAAGAGAAAGUCGUGGCCGAAAAGCCGCUUAAAACGAGAUAAUUUGAGAUUGGGCAGGAGAAACGGGGAAAGAGCAAAUUUGAUUUCACCAGCUUUCAGGCGUUGCUAGUCUUCGCAUGGACAACUGUCCAACAGUGUCCUUAUUUUUUUUCGUUUGUACUAAAUUAUUGUAGCAGAUUGCAUUGUUGUAAUAUUUCUUUCUGAUUAAAUCAAUUUCUCACUUACAACGCCAA